CCUUGAUUGGAUCUACUUCAAGUGGGAGAUUUUGACUUGCGAUUCCGAAUCUUUUAAGAAUUCUCGCAACAUUGGAUCCAGGUAAAAGAAUUGAGUGGAAGUCUUGAAGCACCAUGACAACCUCCGCUGUAAAGAACAAAAGCUCUAGAGAUUCAGCUCCGGUUUCUAGUUUCCAGGACAAACUCGCGCAGCUACAUACCUACAGGGCUGCGAGCAAAAGCUCUCCGAGUCCAUUUUCCAUUUCGAAGGCGAAGAGCUCUCCAGAGUCUCCUCAAAGAUCCUCUCCAAAGGCCAUCUCCUCGCCAUCAAGAGGACUGCUUGCUGCUCUUUCAAGUAAAAACCGAGUUGGCAAAGCAGAAAGCAAGAUUUUGGUAACAAUCACGAUUCUCGGUUCUUCAGGGCCUUUGCGAUCGAUCGCGGACAUUAACACCACAGUGGAACAGGUCGUAGAAACGGCGCUGCGUGCGUACGCGGCACAGGGGAGGCUUCCUGUUCUUGGAAGCAACGCAAAGCUCUUUGACCUCUAUUGCAACGAUGGGGAAUUCACAGCGUUGAAACCAAGCCAAAGACUGGGAGCUUUGUCUUGCCGGCAUUUUCUACUCCACAAGACGAAUCAAUGCGAUCAGGACGAAAACUGCGAGUUAGAGGCCUGGAAGAUGAGGUGUUGGUGUUCCUCGAAACAUCACCUCCUUCGAAUUUAAUCCAGGUACUUGUGUUACAUUCUUAUAAUCGUCGCUUCUCCCAUUCUCGAUGUUGAUCCAGGCACUGGUAUUGUAACUUACAUUCUUAUAAGUAUCUCUUCUCACAGGGCCAUUCUCCAUUUUAAUCCAGGUACCAAGGGACCAUGAAAAAAUCUUACAUUUGUUAAAGCAAU